AUGUCUGUCCUGGAGGUCAUGGACAUUGACUCCGACGACGAUGACUAUGAGCGCGUCGAGCUCCCGUCCGACUCCGAGACCAAUUCCUCGAAAUCUUCCAAGCUCAAGAGCUCGUCGGUCAAGACUCCUCCUACGCCAGCCACGUCAACGAGUACUCCGUAUUGUCGCGAGAAGCGUCUAGUCUGUCCUUACGAAGGCUGCGAUAAAGCAUUCAAUCGUCCAGUUCGUCUCGAAGAGCACAAGCGAUCGCAUACCAAUGAGCGACCAUUCGAAUGUACGGUCGAAGACUGCGACAAAGCCUACCUAAAGAAUAGCCACCUGAAGGCGCACAUGAAGUCUGCGCAUUCCGACAUCCGUGACUACCAAUGUUCCCACCCAGGAUGUGGCAGGUCCUUCGUCACGGCAUCGAAGCUCAAGACCCACGAAGCCACGCACGUCGACCCCAAGAAGUACGUCUGUCGCGGCCAUCCUCCGUGCAACCAAGUCUUCCGCAAGAAGGAGACAUUGGCCCGCCACAUCUUGUCCGUCCACGAGAACAAGAAGCCGUUCCCAUGCACGCACAUCGACUCCAUGACCGGCAACGUCUGUUCUCAGGCUUUUGAUACAAAUCAAAAGCUUCUACAGCACGUGCGUCAGAUGCACGACGCAACACGCUUCUCGUGCAGCGACUGUAGUGCUCACAAUACGCGCAUCGAGACUGAUCCCUACCUCGACGAACAACAGAAAGCCACCAAUGUCAAGCAGGCCUACUUCUCCACCUAUGCCGAGCUGCAGUUCCACAAUGCGGUUGAACACCCUCCAACAUGUUUCCUGUGCUCGACUCCAUUCAACACUCAACGCGAGCUAACUCGUCAUAACGAGCUGGUACACGGCAUCGUCAACCCGAAUGCGACCAAAGGAAGCGUGACUUGUACCUGGCCAGGUUGCGGACGAACGUUCUCAAAGCAGGGCAACCUCAACGUGCACAUCAAGACUGCCCACGAGAACCGUCGCGACUUCGCUUGUGGUCUAACGAAGGUCGAGCUAGUAGAUGAUCAAUCAUUUACUGGAUGUGGCCGAACUUUCACAAGCAAGUCUGCGCUCGUCGAUCACAUUCGUGCUAUUCAUCUUGGCAUUGAGUCGACCCAGGCCAAGAAGCGUCGACUCCAGAAUGAAGCAGAUGGUCCGAAGCAAAAGAAGGCUCGCAGCGACAAAGGUGUGCGUAGACAACCUGCGAUUGCUGAUGCUGCAUCCAACAUCAAUCGCUAUCCAUUUCAAGAAGUCGACCUCGACGCUCAACCUGAUUGGCAGUCGGAGCUAGGUGAUGAGCAGGAGGAGCUUGAUGGCAAUACCACCAUGGUCGGCAGCAUGCUCUACGAUCCUCGCGGUGCCUAUCACUACUCUUCUGGCCAGCGAACUCCAAUAGAGCGAGAAACGAUCAGCGAGAACGGCGACCUCCCGCUCUUCGACUUUCCUCAAUUCCCAGCUGCGCAAGACGCUGACGACUUCAUUUUGCACGGUUACACUCCAGCUCGUUCCGAGAAAGACAACGAGUAUGGACCACUCUUUCGCAAUGCAUUUGACAUGGAGCCCGAGAUGUCUGAUGCACUUGAUCCAGAGUUUCUUCGUCCCAAAUUCUCCGGUCAGCACAAUCCGUUCGACGACAGCAUCUAA